AUGCCGUGGGCCAGCCAAAGUGCCAGCAAGGAUGAUCGAGAACCACUUCUCUUGGAUGACUUCCUGGGCAUGGACAGCCAGUGCUGGGAUUUGCUCUUCAUGGACGCCGAUAUUGGCCCUAGACUGAUGAGUCAUGGUCUGCGUGGCUUCCAAGACUUCAUGCUGAAUGACUUCCUGCAGGAAGUGGGGCCUACCGAGCUUCUGGAUUGGGGAAGGGUCAAGCAUUUUGAGGAAGCUCUGCAGAGUCUUAAGGGGCUCAUGUCGGAGACACUUCAGCACAUCGACGACCAAAGGGAUUUUGUGGAGUCCCUGCCUGAGCGCGAAGCAGCAGCAAGGAAGGCCACCGGCAAAAUCCUGCAAGCACUACCAACUGAAAAGCCAACGGAGCUUGAUGUUCGAAAGAAGAAGAUCGCCGAGAACUGGCUUUACAAAGAGUUAGAAAGCUUGGAUUCGAGACAACAGGAUCUGCAGCAGAAGGUUGAUGAGUUCACUGGUCGGGCAGGUGCAAGGCUCCAUCGACUGAUCACUGUUCUGGGUAAGAAGGACUGCUUUGGGGCCCAAUUCAACGAGCGUCUGGAAGUGUGGCGUCAGAUGGACUCCGUGCAGCAAAGCGCCCGCCUUCUUCUUCAUGAGGCUGUCACAACUCGGCAGAAUGCAGAGGAGGGCCGCGCGCCAGCCUUGGCUGCUGGUGCCGAUGAUGACACACUACCGGCUACGUUCCAAGAUCUUGAUGGGGUUCCAGGUGAAACACAAACCCUGCAAGAGUCCCAGUCCACCGAGGACAUGCCUGCCCCUACCUUGCUCGAAAGUGCUGCUGCGCCAGAGAAUGCAUCGAAGCCCAAUGAGGUGGCCCCAAGUGCUGUCCCAGAGAAUUGCAACGAGGUGGCCCCAAGCACUGUCCCAGAGAAUCCCAAUGAGGUGGCCCCAAGUGCUCUCCCAGAGGUGGUUUCGAGUGCUGUACCUAAGCCCGAUGAGGUGCCCAACGAGGUGGCCCCAACUGCUGUCCCAGAGAAGCCCAAUGAGGUGGCCCCAAGUGCUCUCCCAGAGUGUGCGGUGGCCCCAACUGCUCUCCCAGAGGUGGUUUCCAGUGCUGUCGCAGAGAAUGCCCCUAAUCCCGACGAGGUGGCCUCAAGUGCUGUCCCAGAGAAUGCCAAUGUGGCUGCUGUCGCAAAGGUGGUUUCGAGUGCUGUUGCAGAGAAUGCCCCAAGCGCUGUCCCAGAGAAUCCCAAUGAGGUGGCCCCAAGUGCUGUCCCAGAGGUGGUUUCGAGUGCUGUCGCAGAGAAUGCCCCUAAGCCCGAUGAGGUGGCCCCAACUGCUGCCCCAAAGACGCCGCCCAAGCACAUGGCCUGCUGUGGAACAGGUGACCUCCCCGAAGCUUGCGCAGACCCCUUUCCUGCUGGUACAGGCGAAACCCCGGAUGAGACCUAUCGUGCCCCCGACCCAGGAGCAUGCUUCAGCCCUCCUCGUGAUGACGACUCGGACACAGACUCCAUCUGUGUCAUGUCUGACACUGUGCUGGAGACAAUGUUGAGCAAUCUUAUUGUCAAAGCUACUCUGCUGCAAGUGGGUUUCGCCUGUAUUCAUGUGUAUCCUAUGCAGACAUGGGUAAUAGGGAGUGUGACCAAGGCACAGACAUCUCCGAAUGGAAAGGCUGUUGCCUUGAAGGAGGAGCCAGAGGAUGCCAGAGCGUUGCCGGUAGCCAGUCCUGCGAGGGUGAGGGACAUUGUGGCUGAUGAUCCGUAUCUUGCAAUGGUGGCGGAACCGACGGUUGACAAUGCCCCACCAGCACCAGCCGAGUCUACAACACCAGCGCCGGCAAAAGCUAGUCUGGAAAGGAUUAGUGCCGUUGCUGCUUCCUUGCAAAGAUUGACAACAGCUGACAUCGAGGCACUAAUUUUGACAUGUGUUCCAGCACACUUACUGAUCAUGAUAUAUGCAGCACAUGCAAGGACCAAGCCCACUGAGAAGCUAUCACUUGCUUCCCUUCAGAAGCAGAUUGCUGCUGGGACCUCCGAUGGUGAGGACGAGGAAGACUUAGACACUUUAGCUGCAGCUGCAGGAAAGGCACGCGACAAGGCUGAGAGGCACGCAGCACGAAUGCGCUUCAAUCGUCCUGAGUGCCCGGAUGUCAUCGUCCAGAAGGCAACCGAUGGUGGCUGGAGCACGAAGACGCUCAAGAAGCUGUUCCAGGUUUACCUUGACAGUAACGAGGACUGGCUGUCAAGCAAGCUGGUCAUGGAGGCGGAGCAGAAAGCCCGAACUACCCGCCUUGGGCUGCGAGGGUACACAACAUACAAAGACUUGAAGACCGAGCACGGGAAAACCUUGGCCGACCAAUUGGUUCAGGAGAAGAAGACCCAGCAGCAAAUCAAGGGAGACUACCUGCCAGGGACGCCCCACUGGCAGGACUACGAAAUGUUCUUGACCUUCAAGGCAGCCACAGUCGAACAGCAGGACGAGGAGAAUAUGCCCGGCUUGCUGGAUGCCACGCAUGGUGCCGAUCUGAUGGGCGCCAGAAGCAACCUGCGACGGAACAACUCGAAUGGUUCUCAAACGGGGGCCCCUGCUGGAGCUGAGGACUUGAAGAAAAAACCGAAAGCACCGAAGCCUGUCAACUAUGAGAACAAGGCCAAGGCCAAGAUAAAGGAUGCCAGGACUUGCUUGACGGAUGCAAAGGUUUGGACGAAGAAGGUGAAGGAUGACAGUGCUAAGGGCAAAGAUGCACGUGCGUCACCGGAAAUGAACAAGGGAUACCUGGCGGAGAUCAAUUGGCUUUCAGGACAGGUCUCCGAGGGCAUCGAUGCUUUGGAGGGCAGGAUUGUGGAAGGCCAGAAAGACCAGGCUAUCUUGGAGCCCUUGAUUGAUAGUCUGAUCAAUGCUGUGGACAAGUACAACAACGGCAUGCGGGCCAUCAGAUCCAAGUUCGAAGCUUGUAGGCAUUUAGAUGACAAGCCCUCAACCUGA